GAUUUCCGUCUUGAAGUGACCAAGGAAAUUUUGACACUUUGAGUGAUAUAACCAAGCAUAUGAAAUCCUGGGGGAGGAUUUGUGAAGAGGGCUGGAACUCUGGCACGGGCCAUUUCACAAACUCUGUGAAGAAUUGCCAAGUUGGUUUCUUACCAAAUAAAAAUACCUUUUCUAGACUUGCUCCAUGAGAGCCUUUCCCCAUUCUUCAUCUCCAAAGCUCCUGUGAACAUGGCUCCUUGGACAUCCUUCCUCCUCGACCCAACCAACAUCAUCUUGAUUUUACUGCUGCUGUUAGUGAGUCUGUUUCUGAACAACUUCAGCUGGUCAUCUCGACUUAUGCCUCCUGGACCUACCCGGCUCCCUAUCAUUGGCAAUUUGCAUUUGAUAAAUAUUAAAAGGCAAGAUGUCUCAUUUAUGGAGCUUUCCAAAACCUAUGGCCCUGUCUUCACACUCCAUUUUGGCCUACAGAAGAUUGUGGUGCUGGUCGGCUACGAGGCGGUGAAAGAGGCCCUCCUGAGCAAGAGAAAUGAGUUUAUCGACCGGCCUCCCAUCCCCAUAUUCUUACAGAUCCAACACAAAAACGGUAUCUUCUUCUCCACUGGAGAAAUAUGGAAGGACACACGCCGGGCCACCUUGACCAUGAUACGAAACCUCGGGAUGGGCACUUCCCUCAUUGAAGGAAAGAUGCGUGAGGAGCUCAGUUUCCUGGUUGAGAAGGUCAACUCCUUCAAAGGCGAGCCUUUUUCAUUGAAGACCUUCUCUGCAGCUCCGACCAAUAUCACCUUCAUCAUCCUCUUUGGAGAGAGGUUUGACUACGCCGACCCAACUUUCACCAUCCUCCUAAGAAACAUCGAUGAAGUGAUGAGUCUUCUGGGGGCUCCGGCCUUACAAGUGUAUAACGUCUAUCCCUUCCUUGGAUUCCUUCUCAAACCCCAUAAGAUGAUCUUGAAAAAGAUCGAAGAAACCUGCGCCAUCAUCGAAAAAUACAUGCGAGCCAGCAAGGAGAAGCUGAGCCAGAACCAGCUGCAAAGCUACGUCGACUCCAUGUUGUUCAAACAGCAGCAAGAGAGAGAGGGUGGCAAGAAGAACAUAUUUCAGAACCCCAAUGUCAUGGCUUCAGUUCUUGACCUGGUCAUGGCUGGGACGGAGACCACGGCCACCACUCUGCAGUGGACCAUUCUGCUGAUGAUGAAGUACCCUGAGAUUCAGAGGAAGGUCCAGCGGGAAAUCCAGCAAGUGCUUGGAUCAGAGCGUUUGCCGGUCUACGGAGACAGGAAGCAGAUGCCCUUCACCAACGCCAUGAUUCAUGAGGUCCAGCGGUUUGCCUCUGUCGUGCCACAGUUCCCACGCUGCACCGCCGUGGACACCCAUUUCCGAGGCUACUUUAUUCCAAAGGUAUGAGAGUCCCAAGCAUCAGGAGAGAUGGUGGGAGCCAGGAAGCUUUGUGGAGAAAUGGAGAGGCCCAUGAAGGUCCGUGUUGACUUGGACCGCCCGGGUUCAGAAUUCCAGCCACGAAUA